CUUUGAUCUCGCACAACCUAGUUCUAAGUCUUCGUAUACUCUCAUCAUGCUCUCACUACUGCGCAAUAUCGUGUCGAACCGCACCGGCCUCGGUCUGAUCGAAUCGACGCGCUCGUUCUCCACCUCUACCGUUUUGGAAACCAAGUUGAAGACGCACAAGGGAACAGCAAAGCGGUGGAAGGCCAUCUCUAACGGAUCAUUUAAGCGGGGACAAGCUGGAAAGCAGCAUCUGAACUCGUCGUUCCCUUCUUGGCGGAUAAGCAGGCUCGGUCGGACAGUCUACUCAACGGCAACCCAGACCCGAACUUUGAAGCGACUAGUACCAUAUGCAUGAUGACGGAAAGGAGAUCCUGAGGCUGGCUCAGGAAGAGUUUGUAACCUUUAACGACACCACCUGCAUCCAAUAUACAAUCAUACAACUCCGUCAAGACAGAG